UCGGGGCCGCGAGCGUUGCCCGCCCAUUAGGUGGCGCCGGGUCCCUCGAGCAGGUCGCUCAACAACUCCCGCCCAGCAGCCGCCCUUACUGCGCGCGCGCAGACCCUGGCGUCUACUUCCGGUGUGGCCCAGGGCGGGUCCGCAGAACCAGCUAUGUCGGCCUACGGCAUGCCCAUGUACAAGAGCGGGGACCUGGUGUUUGCCAAGUUAAAGGGCUAUGCCCACUGGCCGGCGCGGAUAGAGCACAUGACCCAGCCCAACCGCUACCAGGUGUUUUUCUUCGGGACCCACGAGACGGCCUUCCUGAGUCCCAAACGCCUGUUCCCGUACAAGGAGUGCAAGGAGAAGUUCGGCAAGCCCAACAAGAGGCGCGGCUUCAGCGAGGGGCUGUGGGAGAUCGAGAACAACCCCACAGUCCAGGCCGCCGACUGCCCAUUAGCCUUGGAGAAGGGCGGCGGAGACGGGCCCCGGCCGGAGCCUGAGGCCGCGGAGGGCGACGCGGACAAGCCGACUCACGCUGAUGGCGGCGGCGACGACGUGGGGAAGCCGCACGACGACAAGCCCGCUGAGGAGAAGGAGGAGAAGGGGCCGCUGAAGAGGAGCGCGGGGGACCCGCCAGAGGACGCCCCCAAACGACCCAAGGAGGCAGCCCCCGACCAAGAGGAGAAGGAGGAGAAGGAGGAGGCGGAGGCGGCGGCAGCGGCGGCGACCUUCGACGAGGAGAGUCCGCUCCUCGUGGCGGUGGAGAACGGCAGCGCCCCUAGCGAGCCCGGCCUGGCCUGCGAGCCGCCUCAGCCAGAGGAGGAGGAGCUCCGGGAGGAAGAAGUUGCCGAGGAGGAGGCCUCCCAGGAGUGGCAUGCCGAGGCACCGGGCGGCGGAGAUCGCGACAGCGUGUAGUUACCAGCGUUUCCAGAAGAGCCCCUGCCCUGUUCCUGCUGCGGCCCGGUCGUUCUUGGGGAAUCUGGCCAUGGCCUGCAAACUGGGACUGCCUUUCCCCCUCCCCAGCCCGUCCUCCUCCAACCUACACUCCCUUGCCCUGCCCGGCCCCUGGAUGGCAGAUCACCUGACUCUCACCUCUGUGCCCCCACUCCUCUGUGAUCUGAGUCAGGGCCUCAGUUCCCUCCCUGCGAUAAAGUGAGGCCACCAUCCCCGCUUUCCUCUCCCUCUUCUCGCCGCUCAACACCCCCUCCGCCCCCACCGUUGCCUGGAUCCGUUUCCGACUUGGGGCUCAGGCAGGCUGUUUUCACCUCUAGACACCCCUCCCUACCCCUCCUGCUCCCCCAGACAUUAUGGACCUCUGCUUAGGAAUGUGGGUAGGAGCGAAAGACCUGAAAGAUGAAGAGCAGGGGGCACUUUCAGUCUUCAAGCUGUGGUAGUUAGCGGGCAGGAGAGUGACAUCUUCCUGAGCUCCCGUCCACGCCUGCCAUACCUCCCAGCUUCAGACAUUCAGGGAAAAGUGGGGCAGCAUGUGGGGAAUCCCCCCCCCCGCCCCCACAAAUCCUUUUGCUGACCCAAGAGGUUCCGGGAGUUGCCGUUUUUCAUCAAAACGUUUGGGGGCUUCCAAGUUGUUUGUGAGAUCUGAAAACUUGACUUUGCCCAGUAUCCUGGGUGGGGACCUUGAGAAAUAUCUGUCCCCAUUUAGAUCCCUGGGGCCACUGAUGGGAUACCCUGGGAAGAUCCUUGGCUGCCGCUUUCUCUCCCCACAGCCUCAAGGCCACCCUACGGUCAUACAUAUCACUCAGACGUAAAGACACAUAUUUUAGAAAAUCUUUUUAAUAAAAGGAAGUUCCAAAAAUUUUUAAGAACUACCCCUAGGUGUGCCUCCACACUGGCCCUAGCUUUCCCAUUGCUAUUCCAUUUUUGAGAUAAACUAGAAGGCUCCCUUUCUGUUUGAGGUUUUAUGACUUGUAGUAAGGCUUUGCUGUUCCUCAGUGUCAUUUUCCACUCAGGUACCAUCACCUGGUCCCAUCAACAGGUCUAGUAUGUAGCCCACUGAUAAAACAGAGGAAGAUGUGUCUCCUCCCCCCCUCUUUCUAAUGGUCUAUGUGCCUUUCUCCAUAUAUUGUCUCUUUACCCCUUACCCUCUCCCUUGGGCUCUGAUGAAAAAUUGUUGACUGCAGCUUCGGAAGUUUAGAUCUGAGAACCAACCGUAGAAUAUUUCAGUUCUAGGAAAUAAAACCAGUUGAUUAAAGCAAA